GACCUUCUGAGCGUCUCGCUCGUCAGAGGAAGUCGUCAGGAUUCGGUUUCCGGUCGCUUCGUCUUGCACUGAAACACAACAAAGCUAUGCUAAUAUAAUGCUCGCAGCCGUUUAAAAGCGAUUUAUUUUGUUCCACACUUCAGCGUCAUGUGUCAUAAAUGAAUUCCUGGUCUAGCACGAGCGUGUAAUCCUGAGGAAAAUGGAUAUUGCCACACCGCCAGAAGAUCAAGAGCUGCGUAAUGUCAUUGACAAACUGGCCCAGUUUGUCGCCCGAAAUGGACCGGAGUUUGAGAAGAUGACCAUGGAGAAGCAGAAGGAGAACCCCAAGUUCUCGUUUCUGUUCGGAGGAGAAUAUUUCGGCUACUACAAAUACAAGCUGGCCAUCGAACAGCAGCAGCAGCUCUGUAAACCUCCAGGUAAUGAGGUCGCCGAUGUUUCCGCGACGUUGCCGAUGCUCCCGCCGCCGCCGAUCCCGCCAACCACGCCGUCUGUGGAGGAGCUCAUCCAGCAGAGCCAGUGGAACCUCCAGCAGCAGGAGCAACACCUGCUCAGCCUCAGACAGGUACAUCAAGCUCUUCUGCACACCAGGGUAAUGUGGAAAUUGAUAUUUUGUAUGAUGUCAUCAGGAGAUCUGAAGCCUCCAGGGGCCGGUCCCCCACCCGCUGAUUACGAAGGCCCUCAGAACCGACCAUCAGACUCGAACCCAGCAGCGUCGUCCGACAUUCCCUCCUCUAAACCCGGCUGGUUUGAGCCGCAGCACAACAUGCCAGCGUGGAACCCGCAACAACCCCCACCAUUCGACCCAGUUCAAGCCCCGCCCCCCUGGAACAGCCACGAGGGCAUGUGGAACGAGCAGCGGGACCCCAACUGGAGCGGCCCUCGGGACGGGGGCCCCGCAGGCCCCUGGAGUAGCCAGAACGAGCCACCGCCCUCCUGGAGCGGCCAGUUCGACCAGCCGCCGUGGAGCAGCCAGCCGGAUCAGCCGCCACCGUGGGGCCAGAGGGAGCCUCCCUUCCGCAUGCAGCGUCCUCCACAUUUUCGCGGGCCCUUCCCUCCACACCAGCAGCCGCCACCGUUCAACCAGCCGCCGCUGCCGCCACACAACUUCGGACGCUUCCCGCCGCGCUUCAUGCAGGACGAGUUUCCUCCGCGGCAUCACUUUGAGCGGCCGCCGUAUCCACCGCACCGAUUCGACUACCCGCAGGGAGACUUCCCAGGAGAGAUCGGUCCGCCUCCUCAUCACCACCCGAACCAGAGGAUUCCCCCUCCCGGGAUGUCUGAUCCUCCUCCGUGGGGCGGGAACCAGCAUCCCGAUUUCGGACCGCCUCCUCACGGGUUUAACGGUCAGGCGCCACACAUGCGGCGCCAGACCCCGGCUCACGUCAGUCAGGACGACCCCAGCCUGGUUCCCAACGUGCCCUACUUCGACCUUCCCGCAGGACUCAUGGCGCCGCUUGUGAAGCUUGAAGAUCACGAUUAUAAGCCUCUGGACCCCAAAGACAUCCGUCUGCCGCCCCCGAUGCCUCCCAGUGAGCGUCUGCUGGCCGCAGUGGAGGCGUUUUACAGCCCGCCGUCUCACGACAGACCCAGAAACAGUGAGGGUUGGGAACAGAAUGGUCUGUAUGAGUUCUUCCGGGCCAAAAUGAGAGCAAGGCGUAAAAAGGACCAAGACAAACGCAACAGCACCCGAGGAAGUCCCUCCCGCAGUCGGUCACGCAGCCGAGGACGAUCCACAUCACGCUCCAGCUCCAGGUCUUCCAAAUCCUCCCGCUCCAGAUCCCGAUCCAGAUCCCACUCUCGUUCUCGCUCUCGCUCCUACUCCAGAUCUCACUCUAGGAGCAGGAGUCGCUCCAGAUCCAGAUCCCAAAGUCGCUCCCGCUCCAGAUCUCGCUCCAGGUCACGAUCUCCAGACAAGCGUCGCCACGCUGCAAAAUCACGCAGUCCGACGCCACCCUCCACAUCUGGUUUGGGUUCAGGUCCUGCUGCGUUACCCGUCGACCUCAGGCUGGGUGAAGAAAACAAAGGCCAUCAGAUGCUCAUGAAGAUGGGCUGGAGUGGAUCAGGAGGUCUUGGUGCUAAAGAACAGGGCAUUCAAGACCCCAUCAAAGGAGGAGACAUCCGGGACAAGUGGGAUCAGUAUAAAGGAGUUGGAGUCCAACUGGACGACCCGUACGUGAACUACAGGCGAAACAAAAGCUACAAUUUUGUCGCAAGGAUGAAAGCACGAGAAAAAGUAACCAGAGACCCGCAGGAGCCCUCCAGCACAGAGUGAUCACCCGUCACACGUGAUCUGUUUUUUUUUUUACUGUAGUUGUCAUAAAGCUGUUUUUCAGAUUCGUUUGGAUGUUCUCGUCACUCUCGAGUUUCUUUCUGUAGUAAAAUGCAUCAGUGCAUCAUAUUGUAACUCACAGAAAUUGUCCGUGUCAUUGCAAGCAUUUGCUUUGAUUAAUCUGAGACUCUGUACAAGCAAAAUAAAGAUGUUUGAAAAAGG